AUGGCGGCACAAGUGAUUUCCGGGACUCAAAUCGCUCGAUCAAUCGAGAAUGAUCUCCGAGAGCAAGUUUCGGAAAUGCGGCAAAAGAGCCCAGGGUUUCAGCCGAGGCUUGCCAUCGUGCAGGUCGGGGGCCGAGAGGACUCCAACGUGUACAUCCGUAUGAAGCUAAAGGCUGCCGACAACAUCGGGAUCUACGCUGAGCAUAUUAAACUACCAAGGGAAUGCAAUCAAAAUGAGCUGCUCACACGGCUUGGCGAACUCAACGACUCACCGUUGGUGCACGGCAUCAUCGUGCAGAUGCCGCCGGACUCCGCGCACCCCAUAGACGCUCACCUAAUUACCGACGCUGUUUCGCCACAUAAAGACGUCGAUGGUCUGAACACUAACAAUGAAGGGCGAGUCGCGCUUGGAGAUAUGUCAGGCUUUGUACCUUGCACUCCGGCCGGCUGCAUAGAGCUCAUCAAGAGUACUGGAGUGACUAUUGCUGGCAAAAAUGCCGUAGUGCUUGGAAGAAGUCGUAUUGUGGGUACACCCGUUGCAGAACUCCUGAAAUGGGAGCACGCUACAGUCACUGUAUGCCAUUCGAAGACCAAAAACUUAAGCGAAAUUACAAAAACUGCCGAUAUAUUAGUAGUAGCAAUAGGCAAACCCGAGCUGGUACGAGGCUCGUGGAUCAAGCCAGGCGCUGUCGUGAUUGACUGCGGUAUAAAUGCUAUCCCUGAUUCAUCAAAAGCUAGUGGACAACGUUUAGUGGGAGACGUGGCAUACUCGGAGGCGGCUCAGGUCGCCAGCCACGUGACGCCGGUGCCGGGCGGCGUGGGCCCCAUGACGGUGGCCAUGCUCAUGCGCAACACCGUGCUGGCGGCGCGCCGGCAGUUCGACCGUCUCACCAGCCCGAGCUGGCCUUUGCAGGCCUUGCAUUUGAACACAUUGACACCUGUACCUAGUGAUAUAGUGAUUGCGCGCUCUCAAAAACCUAAGCAUAUCACACAGCUGGCUAAGGAAAUUGGAUUAUCCCCGAACGAAGUAUCGCAAUAUGGCAACACUAAGGCAAAAAUAUCUCUGUCCGUACUAGAUCGCUUGAAAGAUCAACCCAGUGGAAAAUAUAUAGUAGUUGCAGGUAUAACACCCACACCGCUAGGCGAGGGCAAGAGUACGACGCUCCUCGGCCUCGUGCAGGCGCUGGGCGCGCACCGCGGCCGCAACGCCUUCGCCUGCAUGCGCCAGCCUAGCCAGGGGCCCACCUUCGGGGUGAAGGGAGGGGCGGCUGGUGGUGGUUACUCGCAGGUAAUUCCUAUGGAAGACUUCAAUCUACAUCUUACGGGUGAUAUCCACGCAGUUACCGCUGCAAACAAUCUUUUGGCAGCGCAAAUGGACGCUAGAAUCUUCCACGAACUAACACAAAAAGACGGUCCUUUAUACGAUCGCUUAGUACCAAAGAUAAAAGGAGUCAGAAAAUUCUCCCCCAUACAGUUGAGAAGGCUCAACAGAUUGGGUAUUAACAAGACUGAUCCUGACGCGUUAACUCCGGAAGAAAGAACUAAAUUUGCCAGACUAAAUAUCGACAUUAAGAACAUUAUGUGGAACAGAGUGGUGGAUCUUAAUGAUAGGUAUUUACGUAAAAUUACAAUCGGUCAGUCACCAACGGAAAAAGGUUUCACGCGCGAGACGAGCUUCGAUAUCUCUGUGGCUUCGGAGAUUAUGGCUGUGUUGGCUCUCGGCAAAGAUAUAGAUGACAUCAAAGAAAGGCUCGCUAACAUGGUUGUUGCAUUGGACACAAGCGGCAAUCCUGUCACAGCUGACGAUUUGGGUAUUACUGGAGCUUUAUUAGUGCUUCUAAAGGACGCAUUUGAACCAACGUUGAUGCAAUCAUUAGAGGGAACACCUGUUCUGGUACACACUGGGCCUUUUGCUAACAUCGCGCACGGCUGCUCAUCCAUCUUGGCUGACAAGAUUGCAAUGAAGUUGGCUCGCAAAGAUGGAUAUGUUGCUACGGAAGCUGGUUUCGGAUCUGAUAUUGGUAUGGAAAAAUUCUUUGAUAUUAAGUGCAGAGCGAGCGGUGACACCCCGCACUGUGCGGUCAUCGUGAGCACGGUACGAGCACUCAAGAUGCACGGUGGCGGGCCCACCGUCAGUCCGGGGCUUCCCCUAAAUGAGGUUUACUUGAAGGAAAAUUUGGAGCUAUUGAACAAAGGCUUAUGCAACUUAGGCAAGCAUAUUAGCAAUGGCAAUAAAUUCGGAGUUCCCGUGGUUAUCGCCAUUAACAGACAUGGAAAUGAUACAGAGGCAGAACUGAACAUGGUCAAGGAAUACGCUUUAAAGAAUGGCGCCUUUAGAGCGGUUGUAUGCAACCAUUGGGCUAAGGGAGGCGAGGGUGCAUUAGAUCUGGCGGACGCGGUCAUCGCGGCUUGUGAUAAACCCUCUAACUUCGAAUUCUUGUACCCCCUGAGCAUGCCGCUUCAGGAUAAGAUACAGAAGAUCGCUACAGAAAUGUAUGGCGCUGGAUAUGUAGAAUACACUGAUGAAGUUUUGGAGAAAAUGAAAGGAUUUACUCAAAAAGGUUACGAUAAAUUAGCAGUAUGCAUGGCUAAGACAUCGAACUCGCUCACCGGAGACCCGAGUGUGAAGGGCGCUCCAACAGGCUUCACUUUACGCAUCAACGACAUUUUCGUAUCAGUUGGCGCCGGCUUCGUUGUCCCGAUGGUGGGAGAGAUAUCUAAAAUGCCGGGACUUCCCACUCGCCCUAGCAUCUACGAUAUAGAUCUAGAUACCAAAACUGGUGAAAUUAAAGGGCUCUUC